UCCUUCAUUCUCUAUACAACACGCUAUUUCUCACUUUUCAAACAAAAUAUCUCUCUCCCAAAUAACAUUUCCAUUUCAUUCACAUUCCAUUUUCAUUUCAUUUACAUUCCAUUUGCAUUUCAAAACAACAACAAGAUGCUGCGUAUGUGUGUGAAGCCGUUGGAGAGAUGUCUAGGGCGACGGAGCGGUGACGUAUUGCUGUGGCACAACGACCUCAAGCCUCAUUCCUCCGGCGACUUUUCAAUCGCCGUUGUUCAGGCGAAUUCGAACCUUGAAGAUCAAAGUCAGGUGUAUACGUCACCUUCUGCUACGUAUGUUGGCGUUUAUGAUGGUCAUGGAGGUCCUGAAGCUUCUCGGUUUGUUAAUACGAAUCUGUUUCCGUUUAUUCACAAGUAUGCAACAGAACAAGGAGGUAUAUCUGCAGAUGUUAUAAAGAAGGCAUUCAGCGCGACUGAAGAAAAGUUCCUUCAAUUUGUAAGACAUCAAAUGCCAGUUAGACCUCAGAUUGCAUCAGUUGGCUCAUGUUGUCUUGUCGGUGCCAUCUCUGACGGUGAAUUACACGUAGCUAACCUCGGGGACUCGCGAGUAGUUCUCGGUCAGAAAGUUUCCGAUGGAGGAAAGGCUAGAGUUGUUGCAGAGCGUUUGUCCAGAGAUCAUAACGUUUCGUACGAGGAGGUCAGGAACGAGGUAGAAGCCCAACAUCCUGGUGAUUCACCUGUUGUUAUAUAUUGCAGGGGAGUUUGGAGAAUCAAGGGUAUAAUUCAGGUAUCAAGAUCUAUAGGUGACUUCUAUUUGAAGAAACCCGAAUUUCACAGGGACGCACGUCUUAUGCAAUACGGACACCACAUUCCUUUGAAAAAACCCGUAUUGACUGCGGAACCGUCCAUCAUAUCUCGCAAACUUAAAUCCCAAGACUUGUUUUUAAUAUUCGCUUCUGACGGGCUUUGGGAGCAUUUGAGUGACGAAGCAGCAGUUGAUAUCGUUUACAAAAAUCCAAGAGCGGGAAUAGCAAAAAGAUUGGUGGGUGCAGCGAUCCGCGAGGCUACAAAGAAACGGGAGUUGAGAUACAAAGAUAUAAUGAAGAUAGAAAGGGGAAUCCGGCGACAUUUCCAUGAUGACAUAUCGGUGAUUGUAAUAUAUCUUGAUCAUGAGAAAGCAUCCAAACAUAGCAAAAUAGGGUUCACAACUGCGCCUGUUGAUAUAUAUUCUCAUAAUGAAGAUAAAGUUGUGGAAGAUCCUCUUUUGUUGAAGAACUAAGAAAGGUACAGACAGAAGGAGAGAUGAUGGAAGUUAACAGUGUAAAUAGUUCUACAAGAGUGCUGCAGCUGCUGCUGAUAUCAUACUUGUUUGCAUCUCCUUAUAAACCGGUUUUUUGAUUUCUAACAUAUUCCUUUGUUUUUUGGUCACAAGAGUGUUGAUAUGAUAUGAGGUUCAUGAGUUAUAGUUAUUGGCUUAUUUCUA